AUGAAUUGGCUCAAUUUUAUUAAAUUAUUUUUAAUUUGUUCUAUACUAACUAUUAUAACUAAUUUUCCAAGUGGUUUUACAAAUAGUUCUAUUAAUACUGCAGUUUUUGAAUUUGAAAGAUUUUUAAAUGAUUCUUAUGAUGACAGAGGAAUUCAUUUGAAUAAGCAAACAUUUACACUAUUAAAAAGUUCUACACUAAAUAUAUGGUUUGUUGCACAAAUUAUUGGUGCUAUUAUAUCACCAUUUAUGCCUGAUAGGUAUGGUAGAAAAAAUGCUUAUUUAUUUGCAACUGGAGUAAUGACAAUGGCAUCAGGUUUACAAUUAACAGCAUCAUUUAUUGGAUCACCUGAAUUAUUAAUUUUUGGAAGAGCAUUAAUGGCAUUAUGUUCACCACUUAGUGAUGCUGUAUUAGUAUUAUAUUUACAGGAAGUAUCACCACCAUCAAUGCGUGGUAUGGUUUGUUUUUUAGCUGAAAUAGGGUAUUCUUUGAUGUGUGUACUUGGAAUGAUAUUAGGAAUGAAGUCAGUUUAUGGUGGUUCAUUAGAAAAAUUACUUGCUGUUCCAAUUGUACCAGGAUUAUGUUCCUUAGUAUUCCUUUUCUUUAUUCCAGAAACACCAAAAUAUUUGAUGUUGGUUAAAAAAGAUCGUAAAUCUGCUAUUAAGUCAUUAGAAUAUUUCCAAGGCACUAAUGGUAAACAUGAAAGAACUGUUGAUGUUUAUACAGAAGAAUUAAAUGAUGAUAGUACAGAAGGUGAAUCAUCUCUAACAGAAGUUUUUUCUACACCACAAUUAAGAAAAGCAGUAUUUUUGGGUGUAUGUGUAAUGAUUUUAACAGUUCCAUUUUAUCCAAUUCUUCAAUCAUCAACAUAUAUGUUAGUUAGUAGUAAAAUUCCAAAAAAUAUUUCUGAAGCAUCAUCUACAAUUGGUUUUGGAAUCUUUGUAGUUGCUUGUAUAUUAGGAACUUUUUUUAUUGAUAAAUUUCCAAGAAGAACAUUAAUUUUAUCUUCUGGUAUUGUAGCAACAACAUGUAUUAUAAGUUUUGUUGGAUUCUGGUCAUAUGCUUCAUUAAAAGCUCAAUUAUGGGCACAAAUUGGUGUUUUGGUGUCAUUAUUAAUGUUUUUAGUAUCAUUUGGAAUGGUAAUUGGUCCAGCUUCUUGGUUUAUUGGACCUGAAUUAGUCGCACAACGCCAUCGCGCAACAGUAUUUUGUACUUGUUUUGGAAUUAACAAUGUAUUUAUAUUUCUUACUAAUUUUACUUUACUACCAAUUUACAAUAUAAUUGGUGCAUACAGUUUUUUACCUUUAUUUGUUAUACCAUCAACAAUUUCAUUAAUUUUUAUAUAUUAUUAUUUACCAGAAACUUUAGGUAGAGAGACACAUGAUAUCGUUGUAGAAAUGACAUCAAAAAAAAAUGUAAUUUAUCCAUUAUGA